AUGGAUACUGCGGCAAGCACCUCAUCGUCGCCCUCAGCCACGACGACACCGUUGUUGGAUACGUUCCAGGUUGCCGAGCCGGUGCUCCUACCGUCCGAUUCUGCUGCUGAGGCAGUUACGGUGACUUUGAUGGAUCAUCAGUUUGCGAACAGCUAUGGAACUCCAUUUGUUGGUAGUUACACACCACCAGACUUCGACUUCGACCACGUCGUGAUCAAUUUUACUGUGGAGGUCAAGGGUAGACAGUUCGACCGUUGGGGCAGUGUGUACCUGGGCGACAUCAAUAUAUUUGCUACGUCUACCGCCGAACCCACGUCGUACGGCAUCACCUGGACCUGGAUGAAGGAUGUGACACCUUACCUGUCACUCUGGAAGCAACCACAGACUCUCAUCUUCCAACUUGACAACGUGAUCACAGACGUCUAUACAGGCCUCUUGAACUCCACUCUCACGGCCACUUUUUUCAAAAGCCCCGUCCAGAGCGGAGGCCAGUCACCUGCAGAUCUCAUUCUACCAGUCUCGGCGCUGAAGAGCCCCGUCACCGCCAGCUUCUGGACGUAUCCCGAGGAAGAUGCCAGCAUCUCUCUCCAGUUCCCCCAGAACGUGAACCGAGCCGUCUUCUCUUUAUCCGUCAAGGGACAGGGCAACGAGGAGUUCUGGUGGAGCAACGUGCCACAAUCUGCCGGCAAUGCUUUCGAGCCCGACGUCGGCACGUAUCCGGGAUACUCCCCGUUCCGGGAAGUCCAGGUCCUGAUCGAUGGGCAGCUGGCCGGCGUGCACUGGCCCUAUCCGGUCAUUUUCACCGGCGGAGUAGUCCCGCAGCUGCAUCGGCCAAUUGUGGGCAUCGAUGCAUUCGAUCUACGCGACCACGAGAUUGAUAUCAGUCCAUGGUUGCCACUCCUGUGUGACGGCAAAAACCAUACCUUCAGCAUCAAAGUAAUCGGACUCGUUGACGAUGGGGAAUCGAGCGCGAGCCUCUCGAACACCACGGAAAGUAGCUGGUAUCUUGUUGGCAAGGUGUUCCUGUGGCUCGAUGACGAAGGCAGCGUCACGACAGGUGUCGUCGGGGUCACCAAAGGCCAGGACCCAACCAUCGGAUUCUCCCAGACCAUCAAGCAGAACGCAACCGGUUUCAACUCAACGCUUGAUUAUGAUCUCACAGUGAAAAGAGACUUUUCCAUCACCUCGCAAGUGAGCACGCAAAAGUGUAACGGCACGGCAAAAUGGAGCCAGACUCUGUCGUACUCAAACGUGGGAGGUCUUUAUGCUAAUGGCUACGGCGGCAUCAACACGUUCUCGACAAUCGGCAAGGAAACUUCAAAGAGUUCUGGUUGGAGUUACCAGACGACCUUUUCGUACCCCUUAUACUGCAACACCACGACAUCGUAUCUCCCAGAAGGCAACCUGACGCUCUGGGCUCAGCUUGAUCAAGGGCUGAAGCUCCAAGUCCAGGGAAACACUGUCUAUCCGACGGGUCUUGAAGCUUUCCAAGAUGGGGAGCCGAAGUGGGUCGCCAGCGUAAUCGACACGGACAGGAAUGGAACAGCAAACUAUUCCCGAUAUGCAGACAACACGGUCACGUCAGGAGCAGGGCGGACGCACCAAAUUUUCCGACUCAGUGGACUUACUGGCAAGGGUACAUACGAGAAACCAGGAACGGAGUUGUACUUCCGGGAUGUGACGGCGUACAAUAACAGCGUUGUGGCUGACAAGGAGGUCGUCGCGGGAAAGGUCAUGUAA